AUGAAAAUAUAUGAAAUUGCUCAUGAAUUUCUCCAACAAUCAUUUGGUGACGUAAUGGCAAUCAUGUUGAUUGUAAUGAAACACACAUCAGAAUCAUUUCAAUCAAUCAUAAAGACAGCGUUAGAUAAUGGAAUUAUGCAUCAAUUAGUUAGUAUAAUUUUGUAUGACUCAGAUAAAUGUAAAGAGCGUGUGCUAAAAAUGGUGCUAGUGUGGUGCAAGAAAUGUGAUUCAUUGUGGCUGUCAAUGAAUUCUUUUGUACUGUCAAUAUUCAACUAUUUACAAGAAGCUUCAAAUGAUAUUCUUGUUGAAUUGAUAUAUUUCCUCAACAAGUUGUUCUUAUUUGAACAAUAUUUACCAUCGUAUUUAAAGUUACUUAAAGAAAACGCUGAUGCACUUCAAUUUCUUGUUACUUGUAUUCGCUCAAAAUAUCUGAAAAUCAAAGAACUUUCUUUGGAACUCUUUCAUCAAAUAUGUUUGUUAAAUGAUUGUCAGUUGAUUGAACUUGCAAUUGACAACGGAAUGGUAGAGAACGUAGUUGAGAGUUUAACAAAUGAAUGGAUUGAGAACGAUGAAAGAAUGGUAAGUGAUGGAUUAGAAUGCAUUUUGAGUAGUUUUAAGGUUUGA